AUGGCGUCCCUACUCCGGCGGCCAGGCAACCUUGCUCAAUACUCGAGGAGAGCCGCGGAGUACAUCUACCGCGCAGGUCCCCGAUCCGCGUAUCUCUCCCAGUCGAGACUCUCGUCGCUGAUCGCAGCGCGCCAAGCGAGAACAUAUGCCACCCAGCAACCGGGGGGCCCGAAACCCCCGAACGGAGACGAUGGCAAGCAGCAACCGUCGAAUCAAUCACCCGGGCCCGAAAGCAACGGCCAGAAACCCGAGGAUUCCCAGGCGGCCCUGAGUUCGGAGGAGCAGGAGAUGGUGGGCCAUUUCAUGGACCACUUGAAGAACCGAGUGCCCGACUCGCAACAUCAAUUAAUCGACGAUAUGCACAAAAAUAUGAAGAAGGACGGCAUUCCGCCCAAAGUCCGUGAAUUCAUGGAUCGCUGGAUCGAAUCCGAGAGACCCCUGAGUCUGAUGGACUACGUUAACUUGAUCCGGUACAUGACGCAAUUCCAAUCGAACUACGAGGAGAAUCUACUGGAGAUGAGGCGCCAAACGAAAUCAUCACAAGAGUCGGAAAAGACGAAGGAGCAGAAACAGGGGCAGGAGGAACAGGAGGAAAGUCACCAGGAAAACAAGCAUGAGCAGAAGGAGGAGCAGCAGAAGGGCGACCAGCAAGGAAAGAACGGGGGCAAAAAGCCCGGUUUCAAUGUCAUGGAGAUUCGCUUCGAUCCUGCGUCCUUCCUGGUCACCUCGCUCCUAACGUACUAUACCUACCGCAGCUUCUUCCCCGGGGAAAACAAAAUGGAAAUCACGUGGCAAGACUUCCGGGCAGAGUACUUUGAUAAGGGUCUUGUUCAGAAGUUGACGGUCGUGAAUGAGAGUGUUGUGCGGGUUGAGAUGAACCGUGAUGCGCUGUCUCGUGUCCACCCUGAUUCCCCCGCCGUUAACCCGAUGUUCAACUUCUACUUCAGCAUCGGCUCGGUGGAUAGCUUCGAGCGCCGACUGGACCAGGCCCAGGACGAACUGGGAAUUCCUAGCGCAGAGCGCAUCCCCGUCUCCUACGUGACUGAAGUAUCGUGGGGUCCCACCAUCAUGUCCUUUGCCCCUACACUUUUGUUGAUCGGUUCGUUCUUGUGGUUUAGACGUGCUGCGGGUGGCGGAGGCGGCCAGAGCGGCCUCUUCGGUAUGGGAAAGAGCCGAGCCAAGCGCUUCAACCAUGAGACCGAUAUCAAAAUUAAGUUCUCGGAUGUGGCUGGAAUGGACGAGGCCAAGGUGGAGAUUAUGGAAUUCGUUAGUUUCCUUCAGCACCCGGAGAAGUUCCAGAAACUCGGAGCCAAGAUCCCUCGCGGUGCUAUUCUGUCGGGACCUCCUGGUACGGGUAAAACGUUGCUAGCCAAGGCAACUGCCGGUGAAUCAGGCGUGCCCUUCUUCAGCGUCAGUGGUUCCGAGUUCGUCGAGAUGUUCGUCGGUGUUGGUCCCUCCCGAGUGCGUGAUUUAUUUGCCAACGCGCGAAAGAAUACGCCCUGUAUCAUCUUCAUUGAUGAAAUUGAUGCCAUCGGUAAAUCUCGAGCGAAGCAGAGCUUCGGCGGUGGAAACGACGAGCGCGAGAGCACCUUGAACCAGAUCCUUACCGAGAUGGACGGAUUUAACACGUCGGAUCAAGUCAUUGUCCUGGCAGGUACUAACAGAGCAGACAUCCUGGACAAGGCUCUCAUGCGACCCGGUCGUUUCGACCGACAUAUCUCUAUCGACCGACCUACGAUGGAUGGUCGACAGCAGAUCUUCCGCGUUCACUUGAAGAAGAUUGUCACUGAUGAAGACAUUGACUUCCUCACUGGCCGGCUUGCAGCCCUGACACCCGGUUUUGCCGGUGCUGAUAUCGCAAACUGCGUCAACGAGGCGGCACUAGUUGCUGCUCGAGCCAAUGCGGACCGCGUUACCAUGAAGCACUUCGAGCAGGCAAUCGAACGUGUCAUCGGUGGUCUGGAGAAGAAGUCUCUCGUUCUUUCCCCCGAGGAGAAGCGUACCGUCGCUUACCACGAAGCUGGACACGCUGUCUGUGGCUGGUAUUUCCGCUGGGCCGAUCCUUUGCUCAAGGUCUCCAUCAUUCCUCGCGGCCAGGGUGCCUUGGGUUAUGCGCAAUAUUUGCCGGCUAACGGUGACACCUACCUGAUGAAUGUGAACCAGCUGAUGGACCGCAUGGCUAUGACUUUGGGUGGCCGUAUUAGCGAAGAACUGCAUUUCGAUACCGUCACUAGCGGAGCUAGCGAUGAUUUCAACAAGGUCACUCGGAUGGCCACCGCAAUGGUUACCAAAUUCGGCAUGUCUCCCAAACUAAAAUACAUUUACUACGAGGAGGACCCCAGCCAGCAGAUGCACAAGCCUUUCUCCGAAGAUACUGCUCGGGACAUCGACAUCGAGGUCCGCAGAAUCGUGAACGAGGCCCACGACCAAUGCCGCACUCUGCUCACAGAGAAGAAGAAGGAAGUCGGCAUCGUCGCAGAGGAGCUCCUUUCCAAGGAAGUCCUCGGCCGUGAGGACAUGAUCCGCCUACUGGGUCCCCGUCCUUUCCCUGAAUCUGGCGAGAUCACCAAGUACUUCAACAGCGCCAAGGGAGGAACCACCAUCGCGCCCCCUGAGCCAGCACAAUCAGAAGAGACCCAGGGCAAAGAUGGAAGAGACCAAACCCCGCAACCGACAUAG